AUGACUGAUGAAGAAUAUGUGCCUGGAACUUUAUCGGGGCGGCCGAUUUACUGGUGUCCAAGUGGCAAUGGUUAUCCAGCAUAUUGUCCACGACCAACGGAUAGUGAUGAGUAUACGUAUUGCUGCGUGUAUGGAUACGGAAUUGAUAUGCCAACGUGUUGCCGAUUUCCAUUUCAUACUGGCCUUUUGUAUACGAUGAUUUUUAGCUUAAUUAUUAUUAUUGCAGGUUAA